AACGCGCCUGCGCGGUGGCUGCAGCCUGUGAAUGGCCCAGGAAGGUCGUUAGAUCUCGCCGUUUCUUUGCAAAUCCCACAAAGACUAAACAGUUACGGUUCCUGUUGAACGUAACAGGACAACCUCGGCAGUUUUCAGAACAUUAAGACAAACCAGCGGGCAGACCGUUUCCAUGGGUAGAGAAACAGUUAAGGUGCCGGAUCUGCGACACUACGUUUAAAAUGUGUUGAAAAUCUAACAAGAUGCUGUUUCCAAAGACGAAACCUUUGAGCGUCGUACGGAUCCUGCAUCCUCACGUUACCAGGAGGAGUUUCUGGGGGUGGCUGAAUGCUGUUUUCAACAAGGUGGAUUAUGAUCGUAUUAAGGCCGUUGGUCCAGACAGAGCCGCAUCUGAGUGGUUACUUCGAUGUGGUGCCAGUGUGCGAUACAAAGGUUUUGAGAAGUGGCAGAAAGAUUACAAUCACUUACCCACUGGUCCAUUAGAAAAAUUCAGAAUUGAAGCAAUUGAUGCCACCGAAUCAUGCAUUAUGUUCAAAGGAUUUGAUUACCUCGAUAAUCUAGAACAUGUUGAAGAAAUUAAGUUCCAGAGGUGUAUAUAUAUUCAGGAUGAAUGUCUUGAGCGACUAUCCAGGAUAGAAAAUUUGCAAAAAAGCCUGCAACGACUGGAAAUAAUUUCCUGUGGAAAUGUCACAGACCGUGGAAUCCUAAGUCUUUACCAUCUUAAAACUUUAAGUUACUUGUUUUUGAGUGACCUUCCUGGCUUAGAAGAAAAAGAAAGAACACUUCAGAUUUUACAAAAUGCUCUACCCUCCUGCCAGCUGAAAGUGGAUCUUCCAUAAAACUACUUUUGAAAUAUUUAUAAUGUCAGUAAUGUAUGCAAAUAAAAAGCUUGCAUAUGGAUAUAACUUCAGAAAAUAUUUCAAAAAUAGCCUUAGUAUUAUUUAGGAAUGAAAUUAUGACAGAUCUAGUGCGUUCAUCUAUAAAUUAAAAUAAAAAAUACAAUUUGGCUUAAUCCACCCUAUUGUCCUGAGAUGAGGAAACUAAACAUCCAUGAGUCAAAUUAUAAUUAUACUGAAAAUGUUUAAGCAUUAAUAAUUGACAUACUAUUAGAAAUACUCCCCUUGGUAGUCUUCACAUCAAAACUCCUUGGACGUGUGUGCACACAGCUAGUAGGAAACUGCAUUAUUUUAUUACUUUAUUUGUAAUUAUGAAGUAGAAUGGUGUACAUUUUGUUGCAUUAUAUACAUAUAGACAACUGGAUGUCUUUCACUAAAUUUAUGAUUUAAUAUAAAAUAUAAUAAAGAAAUAAAAUCAGAGCAAAUUGCCGUUAAAUAUAAAUUGUAUAAUUUAGUAACUAUUCAGAACCAUUUUUUUCAGUGAUGGUGUGUGGAUGUUGCUGGCAAAUCAAAUGAAAAGCUUUUUUGGUUGGUCAUUUCAGAGGCUGGUUAACAGUCAACAAAAUUGCUGUGACCUGGGGGCACAUUUGCCCCAGACUAAACAAUGAUCACUGAUUUCCUCUUAUAACAGAGUAAUACAAAAUUUAAUAUGACAUACAACAUUCUUAAAGAGUGGAAUUGUGCUAUUUUGACGUAGAGUGGUGUAUAUCAACAGCAAUAUGGUUGUUUUUAAGUGACUUUUCUGAUGUUGUAGCUUUAAGGUUUAAGCCAGUACUUGUGUAAAAAUCAUAUUUAUAACAGCUACAGUUUUUGCUUUUAACUAUCUGAUUUAAAUCUAACAUUGAAUAGGAGGGUUAAAAAAACUGCUGUUGUAAAUAAAAGCAGAAAACACAACAGGUCAGGCAGCAUUCUGUGGAGAGGGGAACAAUUAUUAUUUUAGGCCUAUGACAUCUAAUUCUGAUGAGUGAUUUAGCACUUUGUUUUUUCACUACUGAUACAAAUAAUGUUAGGAUAUGAGUUCCUGUGUGAUUUCAGACACAUUAUUAACUUCAAGCUCCAUUAAUCUUAUUGUUAAUAUUUGAUUAGUAAGCUCAAUAGCAUGCAAAAAUAAAUAGGAAGACCCUUUUGAAUUUUACAUGGCAAGUAUUCACAUUAAUUUGUUGAUUAAUUGUCAAAUCUACAGUCAAAUAUUUGAUGAACAACUUAAUGCCUUUGAAUUGAGGAAAUCUUCUAUACUGAAACUUGUAUUUUUAUACAACAAAAUCAAAACUAAGCAAUUCAAAAUCAAAUUAAUGUGGAAGUCAAAUUAAGACUGAAAACAAAUUAUUCUGUUUUUGUUAGGCAGACAGAUUGUAAACUCAGCUUGCCUGACCUUAAAAUUUUGCUCAGCAGAGAAAAUUGGAUCUUAUUUUUUCCCCACAAUAAAAGGUAAUUAUUGCUAAAAAUAUAGAGGACUAUCAUCGGCAGUAUCCUUGGUUUAACAGUCAACUUUUGUUAGGGAUGAAUGUAAAGAAGCACUUCAUUUUCAGAGAUGUUAUGACUUACUAGGUUUCUCCAGGAAGUAGAACUCUAAUUAUCUUUUAAGCAACAAGCUGUGCAUAGUAUAUAGUGUUGUUUCUUUAUACAAAUAUUGUACACAUUAAAAAAACCUUUUACAAAGUA